GCAGCUCGCUCGCAAACAUCACCGCACGACGAAAAGUUAACAACAGCAACAAAUUUUGUCCGCUUGUUUGUUUGCUUUGAUUUUUCAAAACUGUCUUUAUCAGUCACCAUGGCAAGCGUAUUGGAGGAUCCAUCGUUGGAGAGGCAUUUUAAGGGUCAUAAAGACACUGUCACUUGUGUGGACUUCAAUCCAAACAUGAAGCAGUUGGCCUCCGGGUCUAUGGAUUCUUGCCUGAUGGUCUGGAACUUCAAGCCGCAGAUGAGGGCCUACAGAUUCGUCGGGCACAAGGAUGCUGUUCUGUCAGUGAGCUUCUCUCCCUCUGGCCAUUUGGUAGCCUCAGCCUCAAGGGACAAAUCAGUCAGAUUAUGGAUUCCUAGUGUUAAAGGGGAGUCUACCGUUUUCAAGGCACACACAGCGACUGUUCGAAGUGUUGAAUUUUCAAACGAUGGACAGUACCUUUUGACAUCCUCAGAUGACAAAACAGUCAAGGUGUGGGCGGUUCAUCGGCAACGAUUCCAGUUUUCCCUCAACCAGCACAUGAACUGGGUCCGUUGUGCUAAGUGGUCGCCCGACGGUCGUCUUAUCGUCUCGGGUAGUGAUGACAAGACAGUCAAGAUCUGGGACCGCACGAGUAAAGACUGUAUCCACACGUUCUUUGAGCAUGGAGGCUUUGUCCAUGAUGUAGCAUUCCAUCCCAGUGGUACAUGCGUAGCUGCUGCAGGGACUGACAGCACUGUUAAAGUAUGGGACAUCCGAAUGAACAAACUGCUACAGCACUACCAAGCCCAUACUGCAGCAGUGAACAGUCUUUCCUUCCAUCCCAGUGGUAACUACCUCAUCACAGCUUCCAAUGAUUCAACGUUAAAGAUUCUAGACUUGUUAGAAGGGAGGUUGUUCUACACCUUACAUGGCCAUCAGGGUCCGGCCACUGCUGUUGCAUUCUCCAGAACAGGGGAGCACUUUUCAUCAGGUGGAGCUGACGAGCAGGUGAUGGUCUGGAAGACAAACUUUGAUCAGAUCGACUACAACGAGGUGCUUCAAUCCCACCGAGUACGUUCUCAGAGUAGUGCGCCCCCGCACAUCCACGAUAUUCAUCCCCGAUCUCCACACCACAGACACGGCGCAAGAUCAGGAGCACAGGACAUUAAUGUGAACAGUGAGCCCAAGAACAUGGCUGCCCCAACGCCCAAUGUCACCAACCUUGGACCAGCUUUAUUCACGGAACAAAAACAUAAUGCUCUGGUCAAUGGCUCAGUGAGCUCAUCCAGAGGGUUCCAGGGACUUGAUAUGACCUCGGCGGACAUUGCAAGACGAGACCUGGAUGAUGGCCCCACCCUGAGGGCGCACUAUCCCAGCACUGCGCCUUUAGAAGUCAAAGAGAUGCCGCCUGCCCUUUCCAAGACCUUGGAGAAUUUUGUUGGGCAGCUGGAUGUUCUGACCCAGACGGUCAACAUCCUUGAGCAGAGACUAACCAUGACAGAGAACAAGCUUCGCGAGGUGCUGGACAACCAGCAGAAGAUAACACUACAAGUCAGGCCUACUGACUGAGCUCCAGGUUAUGUGGAUUGAGUGGAUGGAUGUCAAGCUAUGUUAUGUAGGUUGGCCGGCUGAGUUGACUCCAAGCUACACUGGCUUUGCAGGCACAUCUCACUUGCUACUCUCCCCGACAUUUUGAGGGGGGAACUUGGACAAAAGGUGCGUUGCACUUCAUUUCUUCCAACCUGGGGCUCCCCUCUAUAGAAGCAUGCACUAGUGCAGCACAAGAAGGACGAUCUAAACCUCCAUAGGACGAGCAGUAGAGCCAUCAUUCACAGGGAAUUUGUUUGUAGAAUAUCUUUCGAGUGACGGUACACUUGAUUGGAAUUGAAGAGACAUGACCACAAUUUAACUUUUAAGGUAGUGGACACUAAUGAUAGUUACUCA